AUGUUCCGUGCCUUGGCCUGGACUCUUCUUCUUCCUGCGGCGGUGGCUGCUCUCUCUGACCCGGACUGGGAGGCCUUCAAGCACAAGUACAGGAAGAGCUAUUCCAGCAAGGGCGAGGAAGCGGCCCGCUACCAGCUGUUCAAGGCCACGCAGCAACGAGUCGAUCACCUGAACAAGCUCAACGGUGAGCCCGCCUUUGGCAUCACCUGGAUGGCCGACCGUCAUGAGGAGGAGAAGUACAAGAGGGGGCACCGCAAGCCCAAGGGCUUCGUGCCCGUUGCACCGGUGCAGAACUUCUCCGAUGCCACGGCCACGGCCGUUGACUGGCGCCUCACAGAGGCGGUGACGCCCAUCAAGAAUCAAGGACAAUGCGGCUCCUGCUGGGCCUUCAGUGCAACUGAAGCCAUCGAGUCCCAGCUGAUCCUCGCCUCUGGCGGCAGGUACGACAUGGCACUGUCUCCGCAGCAGAUCACCAGCUGCGCGCCCAGCACCGGAACUUAUGGUUGCCAAGGAUGCAACGGGGGCUUCACAGAGGGUGCCUACGAAUAUCUCAAGACUGUUCCAGGCCUCGCCAACAGCUUCUACAUCCCUUACCAGCAGAGCCUCACAGAGUCCACGGACACAGUCGCCUGCCCCAAGGAGAAGGACCAAACGACGACAGAUUUGCGGCAACCAUACAGAAUCACGGAAG